GACAACAUGGAGCUUUUGGAUGAUGUACAGGGGGAGUUUUAAUUGUUGAUUAAAUCAGAUUUUACGUAUAUCAACAUUAGGAAUGUAAGACAAAAACUGUUAGCAAUGCUCAAACUUUCUGAGGGCUAGCCGUCAUUAUUUUAAACGCUUUAACGAAAAAAGAAAGCUGCACUACGAUACACAUGUAGUUCUACAGUAACCAUAGCUAGCAGGAGAUUUGAAGACAUUCUUAAAGAUGUUUCUGUUGUUACAAACCUUUAUUUUUAGCAUGGUCAUCAUCCAUCCAGUGGCUUUUCGCAAAUCGUGCUAGUUAGCUUUGCCAAAGGUCAUGAGGAAAGUCACAUUAACCCUAAAAACCUACUAUUAAGGGGUUCGAUAAACAUGGUCCAAUUCUACAUAAGGAUAUGUUUAUGUUUAUCUGUUGACUUAGUAUUACGAAAUAUUGCCAACAGGUGCAAUCCUUUUGACACCGAAAACUAAGCAGCGUUGACACGUUUUAUUGGAAGACACACACGGAUUACUGAAAAGAUCCGUAACCAGGCAUUCUUUUGUCACGCUCUCCGUGGGGAACAGACGGAGUCUGGCGGGCAGCUGUUCGGUACUGCCCUGCUCUAUUUCAAAUAUGGGCAAGGUAAAAAUGGCAACCUUUGACGUGACAGUAGAAGUUUCUAAAAAAAGAACUGACACUAGUGAGAUAGAGCCUCAUGCUCUUUGGGACAAGAGCAGCAGGCCUACUUCUUACCCUGACACCCUGUGCCCACCAUUUUAAACUUAAAGAAGACGACUUUCUACUAAACUCUCUGCUAAGGGGGUCAUUUCUAAUUAGGCUUUUUGGGGGAGUUUUAACUUUUUUUGCCAAAAGCUAAUAUGGAGAAUUUGGAGAAGCAGCUCAUUUGUCCCAUAUGCCUGGAAAUGUUUACAAAGCCUGUUGUCAUCCUACCCUGCCAGCACAACCUCUGCAGAAAAUGUGCCAAUGAUGUUUUCCAGGCUUCAAACCCAUAUCUUCCAACAAGGAGUGGCUCAUUGACAUCCGGCGGCCGUUUCAGAUGCCCGUCCUGCAGACAUGAGGUUGUCCUGGACAGGCAUGGUGUUUACGGCCUGCAGAGGAACCUGCUGGUGGAGAAUAUAAUUGAUAUGUUCAAACAGGAGUCUAGUAGCAGCAAGCCAGCCCCAGAGAGAAAGGAGGAAACGCCCAUGUGCGAUGUUCACGAGGAUGAAAAGAUCAACAUUUUCUGUGUGACCCACGGGGUGCCAACAUGCUCCAUGUGUAAGGUUUUCGGAGCCCACAAAGACUGCGAAGUGGCGCCCAUCAGCAGCAUCUACCAGACAAAGAAGACGGAGCUCAGUGAUGGGAUUGCCAUGAUGGUUGGUAACAACGACAGGAUGCAAGGCAUCAUCAGUCAGUUAGAGGAAGCCUGUCGAGCCAUAGAGGAGAAUGGUCGGAGACAAAAGACUCUGGUAUGCGAGAAGUUUGACAAGCUGUACUCCAUCCUGGAGGAGAAGAAAAGGGAGAUGAGUCAGAAGGUGACUGCCGAGCAGGAAGAAAAGGUGAACUAUAUCCGGAGCCUGACAAGGAAAUACGGAGACCAUCUGGAGGAGAGCUGCAAGAUUGUAGAGAAGGGGAUUCAAACUAUGGAGGAGCCGGAAAUGGUUGUAUUCCUUCAGAACACAAAGCCUCUCCUUAAGAAGAUUGAAGAGGCAUCCAGUACAGCACACUUAGAUAAAGUUGAGCGUGGCUAUGAGAAUAUGGAUCAUUACACUGUCCAGUUCAAUAAAGAGGGAAAGGCCCUGCGCAGCAUCAACUUUGCCCAAGAUGACGAAGAUGAAGAUGAAGAGGAUGAAGACACAGGGCCGAGUGCUGAGGAGGGAGACAGGGCACAAACUGUGCCAACAGGUGGGGCGGGAUCAGCCCCCUCUGCCCCGCCCUCUGCUGCCCAACAGAUAAGCCCCGCCCCCAACCCAACCAAGAACAUUGCCUCCACCUAGUUGUUGCCCUGUAGCCCAGACAACACCUAAACCACAGCCAGGAGAAGUAUUGUGAUACUUUUUUUCACCCAGAAUGGGGGGAACUGUGAGAAAAUUUUAGAUCUGCAUCGCAGGCAAAGCCCGUUUUAGCAGAAGAAGACUGUCAGUACCGGGCUUCGCUGCAUAUUGACACUUCUCAUUUCGUUUUUAUAAUCUGCUUAAAUAUAUAUGUUUUGAUCCCUUAUUUUCAUUUUGGACAAAAUAAGGGACAGAGAGUCAGGGUGUCCUUUGGGUGUUUUCAGAGUUAGGAUGUACUCAUGCAUUUUUCAUGUCACUUACCUUUUGAGUCGCACCGCCUAAACUUCAUCAUUAGACAGCAUAAGAAAAAGACCUCAGAUUGUCCUUCUUGUCCUGGUAUUUUUUUAAUGACUGAAAGGUUUUAUGAGUACAGUAGCAGAUUAAAGAAACUAUCGCUGUGUUUUUCAAACUUGUGCUGAGAUGGGUUUUAUUCCUGGUGUAACGCGGCGAUAUUUACCAGUUACAGAAAAAGAAUGCUCUGCCUUUUUUUGGCAAACUGUAUAUAUUAUGUGACAUUAAAAGCAAGUCAAACAAUGAAAUUCUGUGUACCCUGUUCUCACCAUUUUGAUGGAUUGACAAAAAUUCAACUUUUCAAAAUGGUUACUUUACUGCUGCAGCUUUCUUACCAUCCUUCUUGGUGUAUUCUUUAUUUGGUCUUUAUAUCUCUUCAGUCCCUUUUCUAAACCCCAUUUGAAGUAUAUUUGCGCACAUUUAUUAUCGAGAGUUCCGU